AUGGACGCAUAUGUUUGUUCCAAGAAUGAUAUUCCCGAUGAGCUUUAUCGCGUGAACUAUCCAGGCAGCCGAACAGCUUUCUCUACCACCAAGGGGUUCAGCGCUUCGGAUACGACCAAGGUCUACGACACCAGCGAGCUGGUCGAAUUUAAGCGCGCUAUCGUGAAUCAAUUUACAUGGAGUUGCCGAGCCAGUUUGCCGUUCGUCUCUCUCUUCUCCGACCGCGCGCAUGCUGAGAGUUGGGGUCGCAAAGAGCCUUGGCACAGACAUAAAGGCCCUAGCGAUGACUGGUCUCUGCAUGUGAUCGAUACAACCAAAUUGAAGGACACGAACCGCUUCUUCAAGCUCAGCGACUUGUUGGAAGAGCUUGAUCUAGACCUUCCCGCCGGCGCCGGUCAGCAUAUUCGUGGAGCCUUUCUAUGCCUUCACCGCAUUCCGAUCGAUGCAAUUGUCGAGAAAAGGAGCCCCGGAGAAGUCAAGGCGGAUCAAAAAGAGAGACGUGAGCAACGAUACUGGGAGGUUCCAGAUCUUGACUACCUAGCAGAGUACAGUGGCAGCGAACGGGAGGCAAUGCAGGAAAAUUACAACACAAUUUUCGAAAAGAACAUAGAAGAUAACUGGUAG